GUCACUUUUGGUUCAAUAUUAUUUGCCCUAUUUUUUCUUCCUUUCUUAGUCACCUCUAUACACCAUCGUCACCUUGAAGAUGUCAAUGCCAACUUCUAUGGUUGCCUCUCCUAUGAAUCUGGCAAUCAACCACACAUUUACAACAUUGUUCACACUAUAUGGUCAAAAAGCUACCAAUCGAUCCUCGAAUCAUCGAUACACAAUGCUAGGUUCAACAAUUCAAAUGUCCCGAAACCAUACUACAUAAUUGUGCCAGAAAAUAAAGAACAAGUGCGAGCAACCAUGAUUUGUUGCAAAAAAUCUGGAUUUGAAACUAGGAUUAGAAGUGGCGGACAUGACUAUGAAGGCCUUUCUUACAUUUCUUACAAACCCUAUUGCCUAGUUGACCUGUCGAGCCUCCGAAAGAUCGACAUCAACGUUCAAGAAAAGACUGCAUGGGUAGAAGGUGGAGCGACACUGGGGGAACUUUACUACACCAUUGCAAAUAGGAGCAAAACUCUAGCUUUCCCAGCUGGAACUUGUCCUUCUGUAGGUGUUGGAGGCCAUAUUAGUGGUGGCGGACAAGGACCCUUGAUGAGAAAACACGGCCUUGCAGCAGAUAACGUGCUUGAUGCCACGAUCCUCAACAUUAAUGGCACGAUUCUCGAUAGGAAAGGCAUGGGAGAAGACCUAUUUUGGGCCAUCCGAGGUGGUGGAGCAGCUAGUUUCGGGGUGGUUCUAUCUUGGAAGUUACAAUUAGUCGAGGUUCCACCCGUGGUCGUUCUCUUCACUGUUGCUCGAACUCACGAGAAAGGUGCUACAAAGCUUGUUCGGAAAUGGCAAAAGUUAAUAAAGGAAUUUCCUGAGGAGCUUUUCCUAAGAAUUAAUAUAAACCCUAAAAAGGACUCUUUAGGGAAACCUUCGAUACAAGCUUCAUUUAACUCAUUAUAUUUAGGGACGAGGCGCCAUCUUCGGAGACUAAUGAGAAGGAAAUUCCCUGAAUUGAACUUAAAGUCUAGAGAUUGUCAAGAGAUGAGUUGGAUUAAUUCAACAAUAAGGAUAGAUAGUUAUAGAAAAGAUUCAACAAUCCAAGAUUUGUUGGAAAGGAAGGACAAGAGAAUGACAUUUUACAAAACCAAAUCGGACUAUGUGACAAAGGCUUUAUCAGAAAAAGCAUUAGAAGGGUUAUGGAAUGCGUUCAAAAAUACAGGAGAUGCACUUGUGAUUUUGACCCCUCAUGGUGGAAAAAUGAGUGAAAUAAUAGAGGAUGCAAUUCCAUUUCCACAUAGAAAAGGAGCUUUAUAUAACGUACAAUAUUUUGCAUUAUGGCAUCAUCUGUAUCAAAUAGUAGAGAAGAUAAAGUUUGAUUGGAUCAAUGGUAUUUAUGAUUACAUGGGGAAGUUUGUUUCUAAGCCAAGAACAGCAUAUCUAAAUACAAGAGAUUUGGAUUUGGGAAGAACACAAAAUGGAAGUGAGAAAUACUCAGAAGCAAAGAGUUGGGGUGAAAUGUAUUUCAAAGGUAAUUUUGAGAAAUUAGCUAGGGUGAAAUAUAGUGUUGAUCCAGGAAAUUACUUCAGGAAUGAGCAAAGUAUUCCACCUCUUGGUCCCUAAUUUUAAAUUUGGUGGAUAAUUAAGGGAGCUAGCUAGCUGAAAAAACUAUACAUCAAGUUUCUCCUUUGUUUUUCCCUCUAAUUUUGUUAAC